AUGAAAGCGAUCGGUGAAUAUUUCAGCGAUUUGAUGGGAUGUGGAGAGGAGGGAUGGUGUGCUUUCAGAUGUUGUCCCAGUGUACGACAAAAUGCCCAUCGUCGGUAUUUUCCCAAUCCGGCUACUUCGCCGUAUAAUGUGAAGCCAAUGAAUCCGAGACCCAUGAGCCGAUAUCCAUACGUUAAUAGAAAUCCAACGAUUAUGACGACUACAACAUUGGCCCCAAUGAAACAAUGUGCAAAUGCUUGUAUGCCAGGGUGUACAAGUCGAUGCUUAAAAAGAUAUAAUCAAAUCGUCACCUCAUUUAUGAAUUCUCUUACCGCAAUUGAUGUAAUGGGACAACCUGUGCAAUCCCCAGCUCAUAAUAUUCGAUUCUCUCCCAAGAAAAGUGUACAGUGCCGCGAUGAGUGUAUGCCUUAUUGUACCCCUCAGUGCGUCGACACUUAUGCGUUUAUAGCUCAGAAGACUGACCCAAAAGUUUGCAAAGCCGCAUGUAUGCCUGAUUGCCUUGACGAUUGCGUCAAUUCACCGCCAUUAAUGGUGCCAUGCGUUUUUGACGGUGUCUGCCAUUGUCCAGCAGGAUAUGUCAGAUGCAGCGAAAUGACGUGCUGCAUGAAAUACAAGACAAUGGCGAUCAAAUAUAAAAAUCGAUUGACGUCAAUGUCUUUCAGUGACAAUGAUGAAGCUGAAAAUGAGGAUGACGCAGAUACUGCAAUCCCAGCAGGCAAUGAAACGAUGGUCUAUGUCGAUCGGCUUCGAAAAAUGGGAUCCGCCAAAGGUGGUACAAAGAAGAGAUCACUUCCAGCGACAAGCAAAAUUAUCUACUAUCCGGAGCAAGGAAAAGCAGAAUUAGUCAAUGAUGAUGGCACGAUCAUCAUGGAAGUUGUGGAGAAUGCGAUUGUCGAUUGA